AUGCUUCGACGCUAUCGUGCGAAUGGCCUACAAACAAUUAUCUUAUCACAGCGUUCAAUGACAAUUGGCUCGUGUGAUUGCGAUAUUAUUAUACCAGAUGAACGUUUGUCACCUAAGCAUGCGACAAUUGAAUAUGAUUCUUCUUCGAAAGCGUAUUGGGUGCGCGAUUUAGGUAGCUUAGCGGGCACUUCAUGUAAUGGAGAAGCGGUAUUCAAUAAAAAGAAACUCAUUCAUGGAGAUACGAUUCGAUUCGGCUUUGGACCAGAGUUUAUUUUUGAAAUUACACCGCAACGAAUCGUUAUGAAAAAAAAUCAGAACAAUAUUUCGUGUUUGGCUUGUAAAAAAAAAUCUUCCCUACCGGUUGUUACGAUAAAGAAAAGAAAAUUGCAGAAACGAGCUGCAUCACUGAUAACUGAUAACAGUAAACAGGAUUUAUUAGGUAUUGACCAAAACCCUUCGACAAUAUUACAAGGACGGAAAAUACGUUUAGAGCCGCCAACUUUUGCUCACGAUUCAAAAUCGUUUGUUGUCGAAAAUCAACAACCCUCAUUUGCAAAACCGCAAUUACUUGAUAAGCAACAGCAAACGAACAUUUCAUCACCAAGUUCGUCAAAUCAUGAAGAGAAUUUUGAUUUACAUAAGCAAGAAUUAUCGAAUAACAUUGCAUCCUAUCGAGGCUUAAUAAAUAAAGAAUUUACGAAAAAUAGCGAUUUAUUUGAAAGGAUAAUUUUUACUGAAAUCGAAUUACUGCGUAAAGAAGAAGAAAUUCGCCAUCUAAAGAAACAAAUUUCAAGAGCUUCAAAUAGAAGUUAUAAGCGAUUUACUGCACCGAAUUUCAGAAUUGCCAAGAAAAAUUCUCUACGAACAGAUCGACAGUUACCGACGAUAACCGAUGCUGAGAUAUGUCAAACAUUUUUUGAGGUAAUCCUUCAUGAACUAAUUUCACUAAAUUAUCAGCUAAAGAAUUGUUCAAAGAAAGAAUUAUUCGGUAUUAUAGCGAUGAUUCUUGACAAAUCGCUAAAUGUUUAUUUUGAGAAUCUAAAAAAGAUUUGUAAGCAAAUAAUAGAAAGAAAAGGAAUCGCCACUGAACGGCAAGAAGGAAUUAGUACCAUAAUGGAAGAAAAAGAAUUCGCUAAUGAACAGCGAGAAAGAAAUGGUACCAUAAAGGAAGAAAACCAAUUCGCUAAUGAACAGCGAGAAACAAUUGAAAUAUUUUUCCAAAAUUCAUUGAAUGACACUAUUAAGGCGAUUGCUAUUUUUGAAGAAAUUAAGCAGCUUCAGCCAAUAAUUCGCGAUGGUAUAGUGAUAGCAGGCGAAUCGACUCUUAUUCAUGAUAUUUUCGUUUCGUGGUUACGUGAAUUUGAAGAUGAAAUACGUAAUAAUGGUUUAACAUCGAGAAAAGUUCUAGAAUACGCCGAUGAACUCAAUAAAAGAUUCAGUGAAAAGCAUUUUGGCAAUCAUUGGCUUCCACUUUCUAUAAUUCCAUUACUUCAUAUUUCUGCCAGUAAAUUUCAAGAAUAUUUCGAAGAAAAAUUAAAUCAUGAAAUAUCUACCAGCACAGAAAUGGAAGCUGACUUACAUGAUUCGAAUCCACAAAAUGAAGAAGCAAUAAGUGAAUCGCAAAUAAGGGAUAAAGAGUCGGGAAAACGUCAAAUUUCUACAAUCUUUCGUAAAAGAAGAAAAAGUUCAGUGAAAGAAUUCAGCACAAAUGAUUCGAAAGAAUCUGCUGAAUCUACUAAUAUUUCAGAUGCAUCAUACAACACCGUUACUGGAAUUGCAGAAAAUUUACAUAAAACGUCUGAAGCGAAAUUAAGCUUAGAAAAGGCAUCUUUCAUAGAAUCAGUCAAGUCUGCCGAUGGCUUAAAUCAAUCAAAUUUUUCCACUGGAUUAAAUCCUCCAGAAUUCGAACCGAUUCAAGAAAUAACGCAUAACAUUCCGAUUCAUGCUGAAGAAUCCCAAUUUUCCGACAAUUCAAUUCCUGCAAAUAUGGAAGAAAUACCCCUAAAUGAAAAUGAAAUGAUUGAUUCUUCCGAAAAAAAUUCAUGUACCGAAAAACGAGAUUCUGAUGGACAAAGCUCUAUAGACGAAGAAGAAGAAAAAGACCGAGCCAACAGCAUUAUAGAGACUGAAAAAACAUUAUCACCAUGUGAAUUUCACAAUAAUAAUAAUAAUAUAUGUGUACCAAAAUCACCAAAUAAUUUUGAAAAAUCCCCAAUAGACACCAAAUCUGUGGUUGAUUCAAAUCCCACAAAAUCAAAUAAUGAAUUGAAUAAUAACGAAAAUCAAAGUGAAUCACUGGCAACUGAAAAAUUAAUACCCACCAUCAAUCUGCCAGAUCAUUCCUCUUCGCCACUCGAUAAAAUGAAAGGAAAUUCGCAAGAGAAAAUUCGUAAACCUUCUGAAAAAGAAUCUAUACAAUCAGAAAGAAUAAAUGAAGAUCAGUUAAACAUUGGUGAACAAUCUAGCAGGCAAAAUGAAAGUGCGAAUGAAAGCGAUCAACGUCAAUCUGAAUAUGAAAACGAUGGAAGAUCAGACCAGCUUUUCAUGGCAAUUGAAAAAAUUCUUAAAGAAUUAGGAAUACAUAAAUCGCAACAACUAAACAAAUCAGAGGAUUCAAGGCAAUCAUAUAAAAAUAAAAUCAAAAUUUUAUUAUCAUUAAUAGCCGAAGGAAUUGGCAAUGACAUCUGCUUUGAAUGCAAGCAAUCGUAA